CUAGAUCUAGUGAGCUACGGCCUACGCCGACGACGAGUACCACAUACACGUGCGAUCUAAGUAACGUUAUCUAUAAAUAUAAUCUAGCUUUCAACAAAUCGUACAUGCAUUUGAUGCGGUGUGUCAGCCCAUGGUCUGUAACUGAAAUUCAAAUUUCACCUAAGGAGCCUACCAGUCUUGUACCUUCAGUUUUGACGUGAAAUAUGGCAACCCAAGAACUUGCUAUCUUGAGUGUUUUUAAUAAGGAAGGUUUAAUAGACUUUGCUACCAAGCUUCAUCAAUUGGGUCUACAGCUCAUUGCAUCUGGAGGAACAUCUAAGGCUAUCAAGGCUGCUGGGAUUCCUGUCAAAGAUGUGAGUGAUAUAACAGGAGUAGCUGAGAUGCUUGGAGGGAGAGUCAAAACACUUCAUCCAGCUGUCCAUGGUGGUAUCUUAGCAAGAAAAAGUGAGGAAGAUGCUGCUGAUCUGCUCAAGAAUAGCUACCAAUACAUCAGGGUUGUUGCUUGUAACCUGUAUCCCUUUGAGCAGACCAUUGCCAAACCUGAUGUAACUGUAGCAGAUGCAGUGGAAAACAUCGAUAUUGGUGGUGUGACUCUCCUGAGGGCUGCUGCUAAGAAUCAUGCUAGAGUAACAGUUGUGUGUGAUCCCACAGACUAUUCCAACAUUAUUCAAGAGAUGAUUGACAGACCAGAUAAUGACACCACACUUGAGAUUAGAAAAGCACUAGCAGUCAAGGCUUUCAAUCACACAGCCACCUAUGACAUGUCCAUCUCCAACUACUUCAGACAGCAGUACAGUGAAGGUCGAUCCAACCUUACCCUACGCUAUGGUACCAAUCCUCAUCAGAAACCAGCUCAACUGUCUACAUACCUCUCAAAGCUACCAGUAGAGGUCAUUAAUGGAUCACCAGGAUUUAUAAAUCUGUGUGAUGCCUUCAAUGCUUGGCAGUUAGUCAAAGAACUCAAAGCUGCCCUUGGUCUCCCUGCUGCCUCCUCUUUUAAGCAUGUCAGUCCAGCAGGUGCUGCUGUAGGAGUUCCGUUGUCUAAUGAGGAAGCAAAGGUUUCUAUGGUGGAUGACAUGAAAGACUCACUUACUCCAUUAGCUACUGCAUAUGCUAGGGCAAGAGGUGCAGACAGGAUGUCAUCUUUUGGUGAUUUUGUUGCCCUUUCUGAUAUAUGUGAUCUGCCAACAGCUAAGAUCAUCUCUAGAGAGGUUUCUGAUGGUAUCAUUGCACCAGGAUAUGAACCCGAGGCUCUAGCUGUACUAGCUAAGAAGAAAGGAGGAAAAUACUGUGUGCUCAAGAUUGACCCCACCUAUGAACCUGAUGCCAUGGAAACCCGGACAUUGUUUGGUAUGCAGAUGACUCAACUGAGGAAUAAUGCAGACAUCACCAAGGAAAUGUUCAAUAAUGUAGUUACAGAGAAGAAUGUGUUGAGUGAGAGCGCUCUUCGUGACCUGAUUGUUGCCACAGUAGCAGUGAAAUACAUCCAAUCUAAUUCUAUCUGCUAUGCUAAGAAUGGCCAGGUUAUUGGCACAGGAGCAGGACAGCAAUCCCGUAUACAUUGCACAAGACUUGCAGGAGACAAGGCCAACAACUGGUGGCUCCGUCAUCAUCCCAAUGUUCAGUCAAUGAAGUUCAAGUCUGGUGUGAAGAGAGCUGAGAUGUCUAAUGUGAUAGAUGUAUAUGUGAAUGGAACUGUAGGGGAGGAUAUGAGUCGAGAGACCUGGGAAGGAAUGUUGGAGAAUCCCCCACCCAUGCUGACAGAGGAUGAGCGCAAGUAUUGGAUCUCCCAGCUCAGUGAAGUUGCUUUAAGCUCGGAUGCCUUCUUCCCAUUCAGAGAUAAUAUUGACAGGGCUCGUCAGAGUGGUGUGUCCUAUAUUGCUAGUCCUAAAGGUGCGUUAGCAGACCAGGCUAUCAUUGAGGCAUGUAAUGAACACAACAUAGCUCUCUCACAUACUGAUGUCAGACUUUUCCAUCAUUAGAAUCACACAAAAUCAUUCAGAUUUCAGGAUUUAUCUAUGUUUGAAAAAAGGCUGAGGAUUAGUAGCUGUAUCUGUCAUAUUUGACUAUAUUUUUGUGCUUUUUUUUGGCGUUAUGCAUGUAUAAAAGACAAGUUCAACCCAACAAAAAGUUGAUUUGAAUAAAAAGAGACAAAUCAAGCAAGCAUAACACUGAAAAUUUCAUCAAAGUCGGAUGUUAAAUAAGAAAAUUAUGACAUCUUGAAAUUUUAAUCUUAAUUUCACACAACAGUUAUAUGCACAUCGUGGUCGGUAUGCAAAUGAGGGGACUGAUGACAUCACCCACUCACUUUUUCUUUUGUAUUCUAUUGUAUGAAAUAUUCUGAUUUUCUCCCCCUUGUCAUGUGAAAUCGAGUUUUAUUCCUGCCUGAAUGUGUCGAAUUAACAUUGUUUAACAUUAUAUGGUUCAUGUUUUACAUUAUUUUCAACUCUGUAAAAAUUGAAAUAUUGUUAUAAUUCAAAUAAUAAAAAACAAAAGAAAUAGUGAGUGAUGGACAUCGAGUCUCUCAUUUGCAUAUCACUGAGUUGUGCAUAUAACUGUUUUGAAAAAACUAAGUGAAACUUUAAAAUGUCCUAACUUUGUUAUUUUACAUCCGAUUUUGAUGAAAUUUUCAGAAUUAUGCUUAUUAUUUUUCUCUUUUGAUUCAAAUCAAAAAUUUUCUGGGUGGACUUGACCUGUAAAUUCCAACCAUUAAAUAAUGGAUUAAGCAUAGCCUUUGUAUUUCAGUGAAAUUUGUCAUUGAGUAACAAUUGUUGCAGCUGAAAGCUGAAAUUUAUAUCUAAAGAUAUAUUUAAAUGUUAACAUUGUCCCACAUAUUCAUUUUUGUCUCGAUUGCAUAGCAGAGCGAAACUUUUAGGCGGCGCUUUUCCGACGACGACGGUGGCGUCAACACCAAAUCUUAACCGAAGGUUAAGUUUUUGAAAUGACAGCAUAACUUAGAAAGUAUAUGGACCUAGUUCAUGAAACUUGGCCAUAAGGCUAAUCAAGCAUUACUGAACAUCCUGCCCGAGUUUCAGGUCACAUGACCAAGGUCAAAUGUCAUGUAGGGUCAAUGAACUUUGGCCAAGUUGGGGGUAUCUUUUUAAUUACCAUCAUAACUUAAGUUUAUGUAUCUGAUUCAUGAAACUGGGACAUAAGAGUAAUCAAGUAUCACUUAAUAUCCUGUGCGAGUUUCAGGUCACAUGAUCAAGGUCAAAAGUCAUUUAAGGUCAAUGAACUUUGGCCAAGUUGGGGUAUUUGUUAAAUUACCAUCAUUAAUUUUAAAGUUUAUUGGUCUAGUUCAUUAAACUUGGACAUGAGUGUAAUCAAGUAUCACUAAACAUCUUGUGCAAAUUUCAGGUCAAUGAACUUUGGCCAUGUUGGGGGUAUCUGUUGAAUUACCAUCACAACUUUGAAAGUUUAUUGGUCUAGUUCAUUAAACUUGGACAUGAGAGUAAUCAAGGAUCACUGAACAUCCUGAGUGAAUUUCAGGUCACAUGACAAAGGUCAAUGAACUUUGGCCAUGUUGGAGGUAUCUGUUGAACUACCAUCAUAACUUUGAAAGUUUAUGGAUCUAAGUCAUGAAUCUUGGACAUAAGAGUAAUCAAGUAUCACUGAACAUCUCAUGCGAGUUUCAGGUCACAUGACCGAUUUUCCAUUCAUUAAUUGAUGAAAAUGAAUGUUUUCUUGGAAUUUGCUGUUAAGCAUGAAGACUUGACUUCACAAAAUGAAUCGAGUUAUGACAAUGGCCAGUUAUGUGCAAGAUCAUGAAAUGAAUCAUUUUUUGUGUGUUCUCUUUCUUUUACAUCUCGAAACAAUUUGUUUGAAAUCUCACAUUGGUAUUUUCCCAUUUAUAAGAAUAUUCUUAUAUUAUUAUUAUGAAGGUAUCUUUAUCAAAGGGGAGCAUCCUCAAUUAUGUUAACUGAAAUUAUAGUAACUGUUCAAGUUACGUGGUAUUAAUACUUUUACUUCAUGAAUGAAAUAAGUCUUACUUUGUGACGGGCUGAUAUUUUGUUACAAAGUACUGUACAGUUGAAUUUUUCAUAUUAAAUGCAGCUUAGCUUUUCUUUUUUCACUAUGAA